UUACCAGGGAGACGGUUACUAGGGGAACACUAGUCGGCCGGUGAGACGGGUUCUAAAUGAAAGGCGGUAUAGAAGAAUAAUACACUGAUAAUUUACUGGAUUAGGACUGAGGGAAACAUGUCGGAUCAGACUAAACCAGCAAACGAGCAGGACUAUGUUGGGCAGAUCAAAGGAGGCCUUCGCCCUGCUAUGAGACUGGUAGUGAUGGGCAUCAUUCACAGACAAGCAAAAAGUAUGGUGGUAUCGUUAUCCUGCCCCUCUCAGGAGGAAGGUGAGGAGGUACAGGAGGGAGAUGUGGGCUUACAGCUGACUGUGAUCUUCCCAGAGAAAGCUGUAAUUCGAAACUCCCGAAUGGAUGGAAAGUGGGGAACAUCAGAAAGAACCUUGUCUUUCUUCCCUUUCGCUAUCGGAGAGCCGUUUAAGAUGGAGAUUGUGUGUGAACAUCAACAGUUUCGGGUUCUGGUGGACGGUCAGCCGUUGUGCGGAUACACACACAGAGUGACCCAGCUAUCGUCCCUCACAUCCCUCCAUGUGUGUGGAGACCUGCAGCUCACCAAGGUCGCGUAAGAGCUAAACAAAAAUAUAAGGACAUUCCCGAGAUGAAAAUGCUAAACAUGAAUUCAACCACCUUUAAUUAAUGUUCUCAUAUUGAAUAAUGUCCUUAAUUUGUGUAGCUUCUAUAUUUGAAGAUUCGAUUCCUUGGUUAGAGAAGUUUGACCCUCAAAGUGACCAAUGAGGUUUGAACAAGGAUUCGUUACUAACAACAAAAACAGGCAAAAGCUUACAUGCAUACAUCAAACUGAUCAAUUACAUCAACAGCAAAUUCUAUAAACCACAAUUUCUCAGAGAUGCAAGCAAAAUGAUAAAAAAUGACAAUUCUAGUGCUUCUUAAAUAAUAAUGUACUUUCCCUACAUCUCUACCAAAUUAACUUUGACAGAGGCAAGGGAAAUCUCCUCUGUGUUUUACUAGUACAAAAGUGCCUUGACAUUUUUGUGGGCUUGAUGUCUUCAGUCUUCUCUGAAAGACUGCUGAGAUAAUAAUGUACAUGGUGCUAUUUAACAGGGUGGUUUUCCCUAUCAUGAACAAUAUUCAACAAGUUUAACAUUCAUAUACAUCGAUCAGCCAUAACAUUAAAACCACCUCCUUGUUUUUACACUCACUGUCCAUUUUAUCAG